AUGGAGCAAAGAAGGGUAAAGAGGUUUGUACAGGGACUCAAUGUAGAAAUACAGGAGGCCUUGGCGGCGGCCCAAAUUAACACUUUUACUGAGGUUUUGGAGAAGGUUCAGAGAAUAGAAAUUGCCAGGGUACAAGUAAGGACUUUCCAUGUAAAACGGAGAGGGGCAUCUGGUGGAAAUCAAGGGCCGGCACAUAGUGAUCGGAACAUGCCACCCCCUAAAGCCGGCCGUGGAGUUAGAGGUGGAAGGUUUACGGGUACAUCCAGGGAAGCCCAAAGUGGAAGGGGACAAGAGAGAGGUGUCCCACAGGGAGGCCAGACCUCCGCCCCCCGAGUAUCGUGUGGGUAUUGUGGGAAAUUGAACCAUACAGAGGAUAAUUGCUGGAGAAAAGCUCAAAAAUAUUUAAGGUGUGGAAGUACUAAGCACCAGAUUGCCAAUUGCCCACUAAUCAGUGAUGCUCAGUCGGCUGGCAUAUCGAACCCUAAACCAACCAAUGUAGGAGGGACUAGGUCAAGGGUGCCAGCCAGGGUAUACCCUUUGGACCAGCAAUCGGUACCUGAACUAUUGGAGGUAGUGGAAGGUACGAUUCCUGUUUUCCAUCAUCUAGCCAAAAUUUUGAUAGACCCUGGUGCAACCCAUUCUUUUGUUAGCGCCGCAUUUAUGUUUGGAAUUGAUGUGAAAGCCGAAAGGUUACCAUAUGACCUAGAAGUGAAGACACCUACGGGUAUGGAUUGGCUAGUUCAUUAUCAUGUUCGGGUAGAUUGUCAUAUGAAAGUGGUCGAGUUUUGCUUACCGGGUGAGGCAACUCUUAAACUAGACGUGUGGGGUAUUCUAGCCUCAUCUGCCCUCAUUUCGAGAAUAAAGAUUAGGAAAUUGCUUAGUCAUGGGGCACGGGGCUAUCUAGCUUUUCUAGUAAACACCCCAAGAGAAAAGAUUAAACUAGAAGAUUUGCCGGUGAUAAAUGAGUAUCCAGAUGUGUUCCCGGAGGAAUUGGUGUCAUUGCCACUCGAAAGAUUGAUUGAAUUUAAAGUUGAUCUCGCACCUGGAACUACUCCCAUUUCGAAAACCUCUUAUCGGAUGGCGCCCGCUGAAUUUAAGAAGUUAAGAUUUCAAAUGCAAGACUUGCUAGAACGGGAAUUCAUACAUGAGAGCGAGUCGCUCCAGUGUUAUUUGUUAAAAAGAAGGACGGGAGUUUAA